AUGAGUGAGCGACCUGAGAUGAGAGGGCCCGGAACCCGUCAGAGGAGAACCACAAUUACUGGCAGCGUCAAGCAGCAAGCCAAUGGGGGCAAGUUGCACAGCGGCGAGAAACCACCACCGUGUCCCGGUAAGAAGACGGACGAGUCGGCAAGGCGUCUUAAUAGCAAUGGAAAAGCAGUCAGAGAACCGGGCCAACAGCACGCUGAUAAACACAACAAGCCGGAGAGUCCAGUGGACGAAAUCAACGAGAGACUCAGCUGCCAUGUCCGACAGGAGUCUCUUCUGAGCUCCGCCAGCGGCUUCAGUAACUACAGAGGAAUCCUCAACUGGUGUGUUGUCAUGCUGGUGCUGAGUAAUGCCCGCCUCUUCCUGGAGAAUAUAAUAAAGUAUGGCAUCCUGGUAGACCCCAUACAGGUGGUGUCGCUAUUCUUGAAAGACCCCUAUAGCUGGCCAGCCGCUUGCCUCAUCAUCGCAUCCAACGUGUUCAUUUUGGCAGCUUUGUAUACAGAGAGACGUUUGGCUGUGGGAACGGUGUCAGAAACAACUGGCUUGAUUCUUCACAUCUUCAAUUUGACAUCACUGCUGAUUUUUCCUUCCGUGACGGUUCUCACUGUCACCUCCGUUACCCCCGUGGGCGGUAUUCUCUCCUUGGGUGUCUACACGGUGCUGUUCCUCAAGCUGUACUCAUACCAGGACACCAACAGGUGGUGCCGGGAGAUCAGACAAGCCAAAGCCAAAAGGUUGACUCGCUCCUACUCCUGUCCGUCUGUGGCUCAGUUCAAUGGCUCAGCGGUGCACACCAAUGUCUCCUACCCUGGGAAUCUCACGCACAGAGACAUGUACUACUUUGUGUUUGCGCCGACGCUCUGCUACCAGCUCAACUUCCCACGCUCGCCCCGGAUACGUAAACGCUUCCUCCUGAGACGGCUCUUUGAAAUGCUGUUCUUUAUGCAGCUGCUGGUGGGGUUAAUACAGCAGUGGAUGGUUCCGACCAUACAGAACUCCAUGAAGCCGUUCCAGGAAAUGGACUUUUCCAGAAUGGUGGAGCGACUUCUCAAGUUGGCAGUUCCCAACCAUCUGAUCUGGUUAAUCUUUUUCUAUUGGUUCUUCCACUCAUCCAUGAACUUUGUGGCUGAGCUGCUACAGUUUGGGGACAGAGAGUUCUACAGGGACUGGUGGAACUCUGAGAGCGUCACCUACUUCUGGGCCAACUGGAACAUCCCGGUUCACAAGUGGUGCCUGAGACAUUUCUACAAGCCAAUGCUGAAGAGAGGCGUCAACAAGCUGGUGGCCCAAAGUGCCGUUUUUAUGCUGUCUGCGUUCUUCCACGAAUAUUUGGUAAGCAUCCCUCUGAAGAUGUUCCGACUUUGGGCCUUUAUGGGCAUGAUGGCUCAGGUUCCCCUGGCAUGGUUCGUGGGUCGCUUCCUGAACGGCAUCUACGGCAACGCGGCCGUGUGGAUGUCACUCAUCAUCGGCCAACCGGUGGCCGUGCUGAUGUACGUGCACGACUACUACGUCACGCACUACGGCACAUAGCGUGGACCAACUCGGGUUUGUCAAUCAAUGGCCAAAGAUGGGAAACGUGGACUGAAGGGGUAAAACCUAAUAAGCAAAACCAACAUUUUCUCAACUACAAACAAUGCAAGCUUCCAAGUAAACUAUGUGGAAUAAUACACAGCUUUUGUGUCUGUUAUGUUGCCUUAGUAGUUUUCACUUCUGUAAUGCUGUGCCAUCAUUUAUAUUGACUAUUUUGGGGGGUUGUUGUAAUGAUUUUCUGCAGAGGUUGAGCAACCGGGAAAUGCUUUAGCACUUUACAGAGAUGCAUGCACUCGACUUGUUUUUGCCAUCCGCUCUAUACAAUAAACCAGUGUUUCCCGACCUUUAUUGUAACAAAGAACAAAAUUUACAUAUAGAAACUAUGCACUGGCAAAGAUGAAGAACCAUGAUAUUUGCAAUGAAUAAAUAUUUUCUGACCAACUCCUUCACUGCCAAAACUCAAUUGCUAUGGAUGUUUGACUUUUGAAUUCAUUUCAAGUGGAAUCAAAUCAUUUUGUCACAAUGGUUGGGAGUCACUGAACUGAAACAGUUUGAAGUUGUUUUUUGUCUAGAUGAGAUGGAGGCGUAUUUUAAUCCUAAACAUUUCAGGGAAAUAAAACAUGUCAGUGGGAAAUAAUGCAGGAAGGCCGGCAUUUACUUGUAAUGAAGGAAGUGCCUGCUUGUUUUUAAAGUUUAAAAGAGGGCAAAACAUUUGUACCUUUGCUGCACCAAUAGAGCUUUAAAAACUAACCAUUGUAACGUGUAUUUCAGAGAGUAUGCACAAAAAGAUGUAGAUUGGUUAAACUGCCUUUAAAAACACAUCUGUAUUGUGUAUAUAGACAAAUAUAAUAUGCCAAUUGAAUGUUUUGUGUGUUCAAUCCAAAUUAAAAAUGUUUUGGUAAUGCAAA